AUGCUGGUACAGCUCAAGAUGCUCGCGGACGCCAUGUAUCAAGGAUACUGGAUGAUGGGCGCGUUCAACUACGGAUCCCUCAAGGAGACUCUUAUGGCGGAUGAGGAGGAGGAGGAGGAUAGCAGCUCAUUAUUUCGUCUCAAACGUUCUCGUAUAAUUCAUGGGAGUGCUAGAACACACAAGGCAAGACAUCUCAUGGAGUUUCAUGGUGCAGUGGAGAGCCUAGAAAUUGCGGUUGCCAACAUCACAGAGUUUGUUGUGAUUUUGAGUGGAUGCGACCGUAUGGUGUGCAGACCAUAUGAUACAUAUCUUUACAUUGACAACUUUGUGUUUGGCCGCCAUUCGGAAAAGAAAAUGAUCUUGAGCUUCCUCUUGCAAGACAGCCCUGCUGCUGCCGUGCCGACCGUUCUUCCAAUCAUUGGCGGUUUUGAGGUGGGGAAGAAAACUUUGGUCCUGACAUAUGAGGAGUUCGGCUACCUCUUCAAGGCACUCGCAUUCGGAAGUGCAAACCCGGGGGAACACCCGCAGUUAGUACAAAUAGCAGACCGGUUUGCCAGAGAGUUACAAUCGCGGUGGUCAAUUCUCGCUGCAAAUUUGUUUGCAGAUGUAAUGAGAGCGAACCUGAAUGUUCAUUUCUGGCUUAGUAUAUUGAGCAGGUGCAGGAGACUAGUUGAUAGAAACCUCGCCAUGUUUGGUGAGCAUCCAAAACUACGUCUUGAAAAAGGUCUUCCAAUAGAUGUGACGGACAUGGUUCUGUGUCUGGCUUCUCCACUUCAGUUCAUCUGGAAUAGCUCAAACAAUGUUUUAGCGAAGGAAUUACCACAAGUGACCUUUACAGAGCUAUUAGUGGAUCUUAAGCCAAAGAUGCAGGCCACAGUAGUGAGAUUUGAAUCAAGAAUUCCACCUUAUACUACAUUUGAUCACAUUCUUUCAAGAUAUGCUCAAGAUACUCCUCAGCUCGGGGCCAAGCGUAGAAUAGUGCCUUAA